AACGGUGAGCAGUGACAACGAGCGACCUAAACGCAUGCUUCGCCCAAAGCGUCGACACACAGCGAACUGGACGGACGUGCUUUUGCGGAUACGCGUCGCAUAAAAUACUCGUACACAAGAAGUCACACGUACAAAACAAACAAAAAUAUAAUUGAAAUAUAUUUUUAAGUUGAAGUGUUUAAAAAGCCCGAUUGAAGCGUUAGUUUAGAAGUUUUGCAAAUGUUUACCCUGACAUGGGAAAAAUUCAACUCAAUUGAUGCUUACGUGUUGUUAUUAUUUUUUAUUGUGCUGAAGUGCUUUGCAAGUGAAUUAUUUGCAAGUUAUAAAAAAACGUGUUUAGUCUACUUUCGAAUCAAAGUGUUUCACUAUAACCAGAAACAAAAAAUAAAAGCUGUUCGACUCAUCAGGAGCGUGAGCGCGUGAUGGCAAUCGAAAAUCAAUUGUUAAAAUACAAAUUUCGUAACCGAACAAUUCAUUUGCAUUUUUUGCAAUAAAUAAAACAGUGUUUCAAAUACUUAAACUUGUUUUAAGUAUAUACAUAUCUUUUAAUUGAAUUAAAUGGGCAAUUGCCAAGAGAAAUUGGUGUGAUUAGUGUGCGGAUAUUGUAGCAGCUGUGCGUAGAAUUGACUUAAAGCAGCAAUUAAAAGUGAACGGUCUGGCUCGAAUUUAAUCGAAGUGAAGUAAAAUUUGUAAACUAUUUUGCCUUCACACACCAAGUUUUUUUGAAAAGUUUGACUUGGUUUUCUUCGAAUUGGAUAUUGCUCGAUUUUGGCUGGCACGUGCGUGGAUUUAAUAAUUAAUAAAGAGCGUGCGCCAAGUGUGAACAAAACGUAAGUUGCUGCACCCGAACGGAAUAGAAAACCUGUUUUCCGUCAGCAACAUCAGAUACACAGAUGCAUAAACCACACGUAGAUAUAUCUACUACAUCUAUGUCACAAUGAAGAGUAUUAUUUCUCGCUUCUAUAGUAAUUAUGGCUUUAGUUUUAUUUAUGUGAUACUAGUUUAUACAACAUCCGCGCACAGUGUGCCAUCGUGUGGUUUAUAUGGAGCGCCACCAUGCCAGUUUGUACCAGCGCCGCCGGGACAAACACCAUCGUGCGCCCGACCAGGCAGAACCUACUGCGAGCACGUGGACAAUUAUCCAACUUAUCUCAUCAAGCAUCUAGUUCACAAAUGGGGUUAUGAGGCUAAAAAUUUGCUCGUCGAUGAGUCAUGGGAUGAGUUCUCUGCGUUGACGUGGCACGAGACGCCCGUCUUCUAUGAUCCAGCAUUUAUUUUUUCACCCCAGCGACCGUAUAAUGGCGGCGGAAACGGAGGACUUGGUAGCGGCGACGGCUUUAAUGGCUACAAAUACGGUACUCCAGGCAAUGGUGGCGGCAAUGCAGGUGGAGUUGCAGUAGGACCAACCAGCAGUAGUGACAAUACGUUCAUCAUCACAAAAUCACAAACUACAGAGACCCCUACAUUUCUGUUCUACACCUCCGCUGGCCAGCAUCUGAACAAAAAUCAAGUGAGCAAUUAUAAUUUAGGUGGAAACGGUGGAGCGCCCGGCAGUGGACACAAGGUUUCAUCAGACAGUCCAUCCUAUUGGCUAAAGCGCAUUUCACGCAAUAUCGACGGUGUGGUAGGCGUAGAAGUAGGCGGUAAUUUUACCGCGGCAUUGACAUCAUUCGACACAGAUUCGGCAUCAGCAACAGCUAGCCGUGCGAAACGCAGCAUUUCUUCAUCCUCCCAAAGCUCUUCAUUUUCAUCGAAACUGUCCCGCGACGUUUCACUCAAUAUGGAUCUCUUGGAUAUCAUUGGCGCUAACAAAGGCCCAAAAACGCGCACCAAACGGCAAAGCCCCGGCCGUGAGACGCUUUGCAAGACCACCUCUCAAUUUAUUACUCCACAAGCAGCGCUCAAUAACAAAGGAAAUUGGAUGUUUGUGGUGAAUGAGCCAAGUACAGCGCGGCAAAUGGUGAAAGCAGAAUUGUGCGCAUCAAACACCUGCUCGAAUCUCUGCCAACUGCCCAACGGUUAUAACUCCAGAUGCGAACAGAAAUACGUACAGAAACGACUGAUUGCAUUGCAGGCCAACGGCCAGAAUCUCUACACAGACUCAUUUUGGUUUCCGAGCUGCUGCGUUUGUACGAUAGCUGCGAAUUGAGCGAAGUAAGGAAUUGGAUGCGUUGGAUGAAUUUGCAAGUGACUGGCGACGAGAUAGUGAAUAGGCAUGCAAUUAAAUCCAAAAUUUGUAUGCAAUCAUUUUAUUUAUUGAUUAAAUAAUUAAUUUAUGGAGACUCAAGUAGUUUAAAUCGAAUUUGUAAACAAUAAAAAAAGUGCGAAAACUCCACAUCAUGAAACAUUAAAACAUUUCCAACGAUCUGUAGCAUCAAAUAAUUCUUGGAAACAAAGUGAAAAAUACUUCCUAAUUUUAAAGCAAAUGAAUGUUAAAAAUAUGUAUCAUAUUAAUGUCAAUUUAUUAGAAAGAACCAGAUGC